GACCUGGAUACUUCCUUCCUGAGGACUAACUUUCAUGGAACCAGUAGGCAUCAUGCAAGCUUCUAAAUGAGGGAGGCAACCAACAGUCGUACCCAGCUCUAACACCUAUGAACCACAUCAUCAGCCAGCAUGGCACGAUGACCUAAGGGUACAGAGGUGGCUCACACACCUUGGGGCAGUAACCAGCAGCUCUCUGAUUGGACUCAGGCCCUGUUCAACCUAGCUAACUACUAAGUGUUAGUGAAGUCAUGGCUGUUAGAGGAAAUCUACAACUGCUACUUUACUAAGCCAGCAUAAUCCCUAACAACAAUCCAUAAACAUUUGUCCUUAUUCUCACAGAUACGUGAGAAACAUCAAGAAAACUUCUCUUUGCAACAGAUGGAGACCAAUACAGAAAACCACAACCAAUCAAUACACAGAAUUGUGGAACGUAGUCCCAAUGGAUACAGCUACAAAACAUUUCCAAACCCAAAGCUUAGGGAAUUUGCAGAAAGGGUAGAAAGAUUGUAAGAACCAGAGGAUCAGGGGGUUUGCUGUGAGACUGUGUCUCCUAGUGAUGUCAGAAGAUACACUCAUAAAGUCUCACCAACAUGACUGCCCAAAUGUGUGCUGAGCAGGACAGCCCUAAUGGACAUGCUAAAGUGGAGAAGGAAAAGCUCCUGAGGCCUCCUCACCUUACAAAGAACUACAGGCAACUGAGGAAAGCUGGAAACGUGAGAGAUGGUCUUUCCCAGGGAAGAACACAGCAAGUGGCUGUUUAAUGCAAAAUGACUAAAGGUUCGGAACAAAUGUAGAAAGAUGUUCACUUCGGAGAUGGGGGUUGUGGAAGAAUGGCUGUCAGAAUUUAAGACACUCCCAGAGACAUCUUUGCCAAAUUAUGCCACAAAUUUGAAAGACAAGAGUUCGUUAGUUUCAUCUCUCUAUAAAGUUAUCCAGGAGCCACAAAGUGAGUUGCUAGAGCCUGUGUGUCACCAGCUCUUUGAGUUCUACCGCAGCGGGGAGGAGCAGCUGCUACGGUUCACCCUGCAGUUCCUCCCGGAGCUGAUCUGGUGCUACCUCGCCGUGUCAGCCAGCAGAAAUGUGCACAGCAGUGGCUGCAUAGAGGCCCUUCUUCUAGGGGUUUACAACCUGGAAAUAGUUGACAAACAGGGACAUAGUAAAGUAUUGAGUUUUACAAUUCCAUCUUUAUCCAAACCAUCUGUAUAUCAUGAACCUUCCAGCAUUGGGUCUAUGGCUCUGACUGAGAGUGCACUAUCCCAGCAUGGCUUAUCAAAAGUUGUGUACAGUGGGCCCCAUCCUCAGAGGGAGAUGCUGACAGCACAGAACAGGUUUGAAGUGUUGACAUUCCUUUUGUUGUGUUACAAUGCUGCCUUAACCUAUAUGCCCAGUGUUUCUCUUCAAUCACUGUGUCAGAUUUGCUCAAGAAUCUGUGUCUGUGGAUAUCCUCGACAACACAUCAGAAAAUACAAAGGUGUAAGUAGCAGGGUACCGAUUUCAUCCGGAUUCAUGGUGCAGAUGCUAACAGGAGUCUAUUUUGCCUUAUACAAUGGAGAAUGGGAUCUAGCUCAGAAAGCAUUGGAUGAUAUUAUAUACAGAGCCCAGCUAGAAUUAUAUCCAGAGCCACUGCUGGUUGCUAAUGCAAUAAAGGCUUCAUUGCCUCAUGGUGCCAUGAAAUCUAGUAAGGAAGGUACAAGGUGUAUUCAAGUUGAAAUCACACCAACUUCCUCUAGAAUAUCAAGAAAUGCAGUUACCAGCAUGUCAAUAAGAGGUCACAGGUGGAAAAGACAUGGAGAUACAGAAUUAACAGGUCAAGAAGAACUGAUGGAGAUAACUGAAGUUGACGAGGGAUUUUAUUCCAGGGCUGCGUCUAGCACCAGCCAGUCGGGUCUAUCAAACAGUAGUCACAAUUGUAGUAACAAGACAAGUGUAGGGAAGAACCAGAGACGGUCGGGAGGAAGCAAAGCUGGAGCAAAAGAGAGAGAAACUGCAGGGGAGUCUUGCAGAGAUCACUUUGCUCGAAAACAAACCCAGAGAGCCCAGAGCGAGAACCUUGAGCUUCUCUCUCUGAAGAGACUGACCCUGACCUCCAGCCAGUCCCUGCCCAAGCCCAGCAGCCAAGGUUUGGCUAAGACUGCAGCCACUGUGUUUAGUAAGUCCUUUGAACAGGUCAGUGGCGUCCCAGUCCCACGCAGUCCCUCUCCUGCCGUCAGCUGUGUUGCUGGGGCAGAUGCCCAUAGGUUUUCUGCUUGUAGUCUCCAAGAAGAAAAGCUCACUUACGUGUCAGAAAGGACUGAGCUUGCCAUGAAGUAUCAAGCAGGUCCUCAAGGACCCCCCAGUAUUAGCAUCACUUUGUCCGCAGAUUAACUUGUAACUUAUUUUUCUCCUAUGAGUAGUGAGGCUGGAAAGAUGGCUUUGCUCCUUUAUGAAAGUACCGAGUCCUCAUGCCUGGUCCUGGCAGGAAGCCUGUGUCUCGAGUUCUGAAGGCUCCUUUGACUAUGAAGGGGAAAAUGUCUAGUUUGCUGUAAGCUGAGACAUACAUGGUCUUGUUAUCUCCUGGGCACCCUUAUCCCCUUGGUUUAAGUUCUUUAUUCUUUUCUUUUCUUCCUCUUUCCUGUUAGUUGUAUUGUUCUAAGAUGAUCAGGGUGACAAUAAAUUUUUGUAGAUGUCUGAGUUGGUUACAUCCUGGGUGAGGUUGUUUUUAAUACCUCGUGUUUUAGUGUCUGUGUAUUUGCCCUGAGAAGUCAGAGAGUCUCUGUGUGAGAGGACUCGGCUGUGGAGCCUGGACAGAGGAGCAAGUCCCUGAAGCCACGAUGACAAACAGGCAUUGAGAAAACAGAAGCGAUGAGAGCAAUGAGGAUGCCAAGUGCCAGUAAAAGCUCUGUGGCCACAUCAUCCUUAAGAUGAGGACAGUUUACUCAGAUGCUGCAAGUUGCCUGGCAGGACAGUUGCCAAGGGAAGGUGGGAGGAUUUCUUCUGUUGGUGUCCUGAGAACAUUAAACAGCAAAACUGAGAUUGCUGGUAGAUAAUGUUUUCAAGUGUUUGAUCUGGAUUCCACGGGUGAAAGUCCCUUUGGGUUUCUAAAGUGUAACCAGCCAUGAAGCUGAUUGACUCUGCUGCUCGACUUUGGAAAUCCACUGUAAAUCUUGCAACACAGCUCCCAUGAUACCAGUGUCAAGCAUUUAAUAGUGAAUUGUCUGCAAAUGAAGGAAAUAGAUAAUUUUUCAUCUACAAAAAUGUGAUAAAAAGAAGAUGAAGCUAGUGAAUAUGGACAAAGGAUAUUUGUGCAUUAACUUAGGAUUGCUCGUGUUUGUCUUCUUAAAUUGAGCAUAAGAAAAGAAUGUACUUCUUGUUUGUGAGCUUCCAGUGUUCUUGUCAUGAUGUAGAAAGAAUAAUUCAGUUGCACACCCACCUCUGCCAGUCAGACCCUUAAACCGAGAAAGGGUACCAGGCAGAGGCUAAGAAAUGUGUCUGUAGCUCUGGAGAGCUCUGUGGCUCUGGACGGACUCCAAGGCUCUCUCUGUACCUGUGCUGUCAUCUCGGUUUGACUGUCGGUGAAGCCGGUGUGCUUGAGUGGUGAUCUGUAGUGAGGGGAAGCAAGGUCGGUGGGGAUGACCUAGGAAGCUGACCACUUCUUGGUUCCAUUGACUCUUAGCACACCAAGGUUUCCUUAUUGGUAGUCCCUAGCUGUGGUCACGAGAACAUGCUUGUGUUUCCCUUUUGAACCUGAACAUGUUGUAGAGUGCAACGUAUUUACAAUUGAGAUAUGGUUUUAAAUGCUUACCUACCAAUUUAAGCCUAAUUAUCAAAGACCUGAGGGGUUUUUUGUUUUUUAGCAUAAAUGAGUUUAACAUUUUAGUUUCAGUAACAGAAUGAACUGUUGGCUUAAAUGUUCUCUAAAGUUAUAAGGUAACUAGACAGUAAAAUUGAUAUUGGAAUGAUUUAAUAGUAAUCUUAUGUACAGUUAAAAAUGUUUGUAAAAUGUCACUGUGAAUUUCCUGUUGUCUACUUAUAACUCUUUAACGAAGAAUUUUUCUUACACAUAGUUAUGAGCAGUAUUGAUAAUAUUAAGAAGAAAUUGAAAAGAUUGUCAUUAGGCAAGUUGAGGUGCUUGUUUAAGCAUAGAAUAAGUUUAAAGAAACAUUAUCUGGCAUAAAUGAGAGAUUGGGAUAAUGUUCAGGUUCUAUAAUGAAACCUCAUUUUGAUAUUGUUCAAGACCUUUGAUACUCAUGUGGUUCAAAGAUCAUUGGUGUUACCUGUUAUCUUAAUAAAACUUCACAAUUUUAGGGGCAGACCUAUUAAAUCAAAACUGGCAUUUUAACAAGGUCCCAAGGGAUGCUUGUGUGCAUUUUUCUUUGUGAAGACAGUUUCAGAGUGCUAAUUACUUAUCUAAUACGCAGGAGUCUCAGUGGUCUCACGGUCCUCAAGCACAGAUAUUAGAUACUGUUUUUGACAGCUAAUUAACUUUUUAAUGACAUUGACUUGUUACACCUCAUUUUAAGUUCCUAGUCCUCACUUAUUUCUGUAAUAAAAUAUAGUAUCUUUUGCUUCUCUUGUUGACUAUGAAUGAAACCAGAGCCUUGGAUUCUGGUUUUAAGUGGAAAAGGCUCUGCCUUUGUUCUUGAACUCUUACUUGAUGCACAGAAUAUUUGCAUGUGUUCAUUCUCUUUUACAAAAUCUGCAACAGCUUACACCAUGGAGUGAAUCUGAAUUUUUGCUACAAAUGAUUUACUCUGAUUUAUUCUCUGAAGUAUGGAGUUAUGUUAACAAUAAAUUAUUUUAUACUACUUUUGAUACUAUUUCAAGUAAGGAUUGUGCACAUUGAAGGCUUUUUAUAACAGUUGUGAAAGUCGGAUGAUAUUGCUUAUGGCAACAAUUGUUAUACUCACAACUCUUUCCCUACUUGUCUUUCAAAUGUGAAAAGUUGGGUGGCUUUGUGGGUCACUUUCCUAUAAAGUUAUUAAGUAUAGACAUUUUGUGGAUCCAGUGUAACAGCUUUUACCAAGAGGAUUCCACACAAAACUGGGCCCGGCACCCUAUAGUUCAGAUCUAAGAUGGGUUCUUGAAUUAACAUGACCCAUGCAUUCUUAAAGCCCUGCUGCCUGGGCACUCCUGUGAAGUGUGCCCAGCACUAGCCUCUGAAACCCAAGUCAAGAGAGAAGAAAAGUAGACUUUCCCAAGGGUCCUGCUUCCCACCCGGGUGCCUCCCUUCCUUUCCUGGGAGCCUCCAGAGAGCACCCUAGGGUCACUGGGACGCUGCUUAAACUAUCUAUCCGUCUCUGUAGCACCAAAGAGCAGGGAACAUUUCCUUGUCCCUUCAAUUGUAAAGCAAUCACUCUGCAAAUAAUACUUAGAUGUUAAAAGUUAAAUUAAAGAGAGAUAUAUCUUUAAAUCAAAAAAAGAUACAAAAGAUCCCAGAUUAAAGGAAUUUUUGCCCAUUUUGGGAAGUCAUAACUAAAAUGUUGAAUGGUAAAUUAUGGAGGAAAGUGUUUACUCUGAAACCUGAUUUUAAGCAAAGAGUUGAAGUAAGGCAGCUUAAUGUUUAGAUCUAUAGGCACACUAAGCAUCCAUACAGGAAAGCACAUUAAGGAAGCAUAUGUUAAGUAUUGUAACAGAAAAAUAUGUAGAAAACACAAUGUUGGGUACUAAGGCAUUGUAGAUAGAAAUGAACGUACAGUGUUGUCUUCCUAGUUAGUCCUUUAGUGAACACAAGCUGACACUUGCAGCUGUGCUGCUGAGUGCUGACACAGUGGGCACUGACAUGUGUGCUCAGUACUGCUCAAGGCCUACCAGAGUGUUCAGUGUGCUCGCUUCUGCACGCUGUCACUUGCACAUAUCCCAAAAGACUAAGAGCGAACAAUUUGAAGCCAGUUUUGUGUUUUACAGUAGAGUGCUAUUGCCUCGGGUCUGGAUUGCAGUUGUUUUUUUUUCUCCUCUCCCCCAUACUGUCUCUUGUUGGAGCUGACUGUGCACCUGUGACCUUCCCUCCUGAUCAUGUGGUAAUGCUAAACUCUUCUCACAGAUACACUUGUUUGUCAUUGUACUCCUAGAGUUUACAUUCCUAAGAAUAAACAUGACUUUGGGUAUUUUUAUGUGCUCUCUAUGUUUUUAAGGUAUGAAAUAAACUGGAGUUUUUUGAAGUUUCAUACAUUUGUAUAAACAUUCUCCAUAUGCAGUACUUUAUACAUCGUGUUUCCUCUUGUUUUGUUGAAAUAAAAACUAAAACAUGA